CUGUCUGUCCCGUUCGUCCGUAGGUUCUAUAUAUGCGUCCUCCCUCGUUUCCAAAUAAAAAUAAAAGGUUUUAAAUCAAAUCAAACUUCCUUAUGGAUGGAUACCAUACACUCAAGUAUAAAAAAUAAAUAAGUAUCUAAUCCUUAACCGUUAAAAUAUUAUAAAGUUAAUUCUUGUUCUAAAAAAGAUUCCAUCAUUUCACUUUGUCACGCUCUUGGUCUCCUUAUACCUAUAUUUCUUGGUUUUGGUAAAGGUUAUAUAGAUAACACCUUCGAUCCGCAAUUAGGAAGGAAAGUAUUUGAAUAGGUAGUUUGUGCAAGAUUACCGUACACCGUACCGUACCUUUGAACACUUGGAUUUAAGUUUUUAUCAUAUUAAAAAGAUAAGUGAUAUUGAUAGGUUAAAGUAAUAUAGAGAUUAAGCCCGCAAGCACUUUGGAUUUUAAAUAUUUGAUGCAUUAACAUAUUAAUAAAUCAUAUUAUAAUCAUGUCGGCUUUUAUACAUAAUAACAUAGUGUCUGGGCCUGAAGAGGAGUACAUUCCAGCUCAUUUAUCCUAUGGGCAAUUUAUGUUUGAUCAACUGAAGAAAGGCGGAGAUCAAGUUGCUCUAAUAUCAGGAGAAACUGGAGAAUCUGUUACAUAUAACCAUAUAUUACAAGAAAGUGUUAAAGUAGCCUUACGGUUACAAAAACUGGGGCUAAAAAAAGGAGACUUGGUUGGCCUUAGCUGUGAAAACCGUUUUGAAUUUCCUCCUACAGCCCUUGGAGUCAUAUUUGCUGGUGGUGUCCUGUCUACACUCAAUAUUACAUAUUCUACAGGAGAACUUACUCAUCUAUUGAAGAUUACAAAGCCGAAAUUCAUUUUUGUUUCUCCUAUCACUGCCCAGAAUGUACUGGAGAGCUGCCAAGAAGUGCCCCUGGAUCCCAAAUUAAUACUGUUUGGUGAAUAUGAUGUGAUACCAGCGCUCAUGUAUAAUGAAUUAGUUAGGGGGGAUGUUAGGGUUGAAGACUUCAAUUUAGUAGAUGUAAAUGGCAUGGAUGAUCCGGUGGCUGUAAUGUGUUCAUCGGGCACCACAGGGUUGCCUAAAGGAGUGCUGCUCACACAUGUGAAUUUCCUCACCCUGUCAGCUCACAUGAAGUACUACUUUCAUCACUCUCAGCUCAACAAAAAAUCAAACAUAAAUAAGGAUAUCUUGAACGGCCUGUCUCUGAUUCCCUGGUUUCAUGCUUACGGCUUCAUCACAACAAUGGCGGUGCUGGCAAUGCGGAUCAGGAUAGUGUUUCUGGUUCGCUUCGAACCUGAACAGUUUUUGGAAACCAUACAAAAUUAUAAGAUAAACAUGACAACUAUAGUCCCACCAUUAGCAGUAUUCCUUGCCAAAGAUCCGCUCGUGGAGAAGUAUGACCUGUCGUCACUGCACGAAGUGUGGUGCGGCGCGGCACCUCUUUCUGUAGAAUUGCAAAAAGCCAUUAUUAAAAGGACAGGGUUAGACUUCAUUAAACAAGGGUAUGGGCUGACUGAGGUGACGCAGGCUUGUUGUGUGGAUGUGACGGGGGCGGACAAGGUGGGCUCUUGUGGGACUCCAGCUCCGGGCAUGAAAAUAAAAGUAAUUGACAUAGAGACCGGGCAGAAACUGGGCCCCCACCAGGAGGGCGAGCUGUGGAUCAAGUCUCCGCUGCGCAUGAAGGGCUACCUGGGCGACGCGGCCGCCGGCGCCGCGCUGUUGGACGCCGACGGCUUCGUGCGCACCGGCGACAUCGGUUACUACGACCGCGAUGGCUUCUUCUACAUCGUCGACAGGCUCAAGGAACUCAUCAAAUAUAAAGGAUUUCAAGUGGCGCCCGCGGAGCUGGAGGCGCUGCUGCUGCAGCACGGCGGCGUGGCGGACUGCGGCGUGGUGGGGAGCCCCGACGAGCGCGCGGGCGAGCUGCCCGUCGCCUUCGUGGUGCGCGCGCCCGGCGCCCGCCCCAGCGAGGCCGACCUCUGCGAGUACGUCGCCAGCAAGGUAUCACCAGCAAAGCAUCUUCGAGGAGGGGUUAUCUUCGUCGACGAGAUUCCCAAGAACCCGUCGGGUAAAAUUUUACGACGCGAGUUGAGACAGAUGUUAAAGACACCAAAGAGUAAACUUUAAGGUUAUAAUUAUACACAUGACAAACAAUUAAUAUUAUUAUUUAUUUCAAGUUUUUUUUAUUACAAUUUAUUAUUUAA